GCUAUGGCCCCUCCCCUUCUCUCAUCCCCCUCCCCCACCCCACCCUCUCUCGUGUUGCGUCUCUGAACUGGGUUCGCUUUAACCCUUUGCUUCUUGCGUUGCCAUGCUCUCACCACGCGGUGCUGCUCAUUUCUACUUCAGGUGGUUGCUGGUGUGAGCUCAAGCAACGGUGAUCAAGAUUUUAGCUCCUUGAGCAUAGAUUUUACAGUUGCAUCUGAAAUUGUCUCUGUUUUGAGCAAGAAUUGUUGGAGAGGUUACAAGGAGGUAAAGAGACUUAAGGUUUGGAAGAAUAGCGGAGGGUGGCAUCGUCAACUGUAUUCCAAGGAUUCUAGUGUUUGCAUCAAGUCGGAUUACUUCUCUGCGUUUUGAAGUGAUAUCUGGCCCUUCCCAGAGUUAUUGGAACCCGUAACUUCCGAGCGGGGACCGAUUGUCAUGUCCCGAGCUGCGUUAUGACAGGUUAUAGUAACAAUGUGGAUGCAGCUCAACAGUAUGCCUCAUUCAGCUUUGUAUCUGAAUCAAGUAGCAAUAGUGCCGGGAGUAUGCAAGGUGGAGUCCAAAACCUUGGUUCCUAAUCAAUCGCCCCCGCCUACUGCAACCUCUUCCAGAAAGCAGUUGCAUCUUCGAAAGGCCUCUCGUGGCGCCGACAAAGUGAGUAUCCGAAUAAGUUGCAGUCCUCGGGGUUCUAGUGUUAUUGAUGCUGAGACCGAAGCUGACACCUCGAGCUGGCGAUUGGAAGGUGCGACAUGGCAGAGAGUGAAAGGGCCUACAGCAGAAGGUGGCCCUCCAGCGUCAGUUGUCUCCUCAAAAGAGGUUCUUAUUAGAGAUUUCGAUGACAACGUAGUCGAUACUGGCGCUGUGGAAAGGUCUUCUGGGGCUAGCUCUGAUGAGUUUCCAACGUCGUGUAGCGAUGAGGACGCAUCAAGUUUGACAUCUGCCAGGCACACCCGCGAGAGGCGGAAGCAACGUAAUGUUUACUCCAGGCCUGAUAUGAUUAGAUGGCGGCUUUACGUGGAAGGUGUGCGGACUCCCAUCAAGGAGGAGUCUGGAUUAAUUAAACCUCGGCGAGUUUCUCAACAACUUCAGGAUGUGAUAUUGUUUCUGGAAAGCUUGAGUUUAGACUCCAGUAAGUUGCUGGCAGAGUACCCCUUGCUCAGCAACUGCUCCAUUGAGAACGUCCGGGAAGUGGUGCGUUUCUUUGAAUCUUACAACCUUCGAAGAAAGCACAUCGUGAGAUUGCUGAAUAACAAUCCUCGUCUCCUGGGGUAUAGCGUGGAGGAAACCUUCAUGCCUGUAGUGAGAUUUCUUCUGACAGACGUUGGAUUGCGGGAGAAAGAUGUGGGCAAAGUGGUGAACAGGUGCGCUCGCCUCUUGACCCUCUCUGUGGAUGAGCGUCUUCGCCCCACGAUGCGCUUUCUGCAAUCCUUAGGGUUCACUCACAUGUCAAGCGUGGUGGCAAACAACGCAACCUUGCUCGCAUCCAGUGUAGAAAACAGGCUAAUACCGAAGAUGGAGUAUUUGGAAGGGAUUGGUUUAUCGAGAGGAGAAGCUGUGGAGGCUCUCAUUAGGUUCCCGGCUAUCUUUAACUACAGCAUCGACACUAACCUGGGACCGAAGUGGAAGUAUCUAGUCGAAGAAAUGGCCCGUGGCUUAGACGACCUCAAGGAGUUUCCUCAGUACUUUGGUUACAGUCUAGAGUAUAGAAUCAGACCCAGGUACGAGUUCCUCAAGGAACGUGGCAUUUCCUUACCUUUAGCCGAUUUGUUGAAACCAACCGAUGAGGUGUUCUAUGCAAGGUUCCAGCCUGUAAUCAUGCAGGAAUUGGGAACUAAUGUGUAGUUUAUUGGUGAUUGCUCCUACGUUGUGUAUGGAUGUACAUGUGAUUCAGGCUAAACCAUACAAGUAAAUCCUGUUAGGAAUUUAUUCAUUUUGUCCA